AUGCCAUUGUUAUUGAAGCCAUAUAUUGUUCGCAAAAUGCAGCUUCGACUUCUGGAUUUGUCAAAGCCUUGUGCUGCUGUCAAGGCUCACGAACUGCGCACUAAAAACAAGGCCGAGCUCACCAAGCAGCUCGAGGAGCUCAAGCAGGAGCUUGCCAGUCUCAAGGUCCAGAAGGUUGCCGGUGGUUCCGCCAGCAAGUUGACCAGAAUCUCUUCUGUUCGCAAGUCCAUUGCUCGCGUUUUGACUGUCAUCACCCAGACUCAGCGCGCUCAGCUCCGCAUCUUCUACCAGAAGAAGAACUUCUUGCCCUUGGAUCUCCGUGUCAAGAAGACCCGCGCCAUCCGUCGCCGUCUUACCAAGCACGAGGCUUCCCGCAAGACUGUCAAGCAGCAGAAGAAGGAGACCCACUUCCCUCUUCGUAAGUACGCCGUCAAGGCUUAAAUUGGCGUAUGUCUCGAAGAUAAUAAUGCUAGAGCACACACACCUAUUUGACGCAUUGAAUAAAGACAGAAAAGACCUUCUUUUGAGCCUCUG